UCUCCUUUUCAAUUCGGCCAGUGCCCCAACCAUCCCUCCGAGAUGAUCGACUGCGUCUGCAUGGUGUGUUUCUUGGCCCUUUGCCCUCACUGCAUUCUCAUAGGGCAUCACUCGGCCGCAGACUUCUCCGAACAUCCCCUGAUCUCAACUCUAGACGCCUACAAAAUGAGCAUGCAGGGCACCUCGCCGAGCGAAGAAGCCCUCAGCAUCCGCAGAGAAAAAAUUGUCAAAGACCUUCAAGAAAACCACCAGCUGUUGGCGCGGCUGCAUGCAAACUUUGCAUCUGUGCACCGCAAAAUUGAUGACUCCAACAAGGCACUGAUGAAGCAGCUGCAAAUUAUCAAGCAAAAGCAAGUCGGCUUCCUCCAGGCGCUGAAGAGGGAAUUGCUGACUGAGUGCCUCAUAAUAGAGUGGAUGGAGGCCUUUUUUUCUCAUUUACAGCUUGCCUUGUGUCCUUCGGACUACCUGAUGUACCACCACCGCCACGAUUUGCUUGCGGCCGACCUGUUUGGGGGCGCAGUGCGCAUAGAAGUGGGCCGCGAAACCCUCCCCCUUGGCUCUCGGGUUUCGAGCUUGGGGUUUAGGGUUUCGGGUUUAGGGUUUAGGGUUUAG